AUGGAGAAGUUGCAUGGUAUUUUGGAUGAAGACAGAAGGGUUUUUGUUUUUAUAUCUGACCGUCACAGAGGAAUAAAAGAGGGUAUUGCUAAGGUGUUUCCUUCAAGCUUUCAUGCUUACCGUCUCUAUCAUUUGAAGUGCAAUUUGCGUACUGCUUUGGCGUCCACAAAUGUCAAGUAUAAAGAGGGUUUGAUCAGAGUGUUUUCAAAAUGUGCUUAUACUCCCACUGUGGCAAAGUUUAAUCAGCAUAUGGGUAAUUUGCUGAAACACGGUGGUGCAGCUGUUGUUUAUUUUCUGUCGGAGUUGCCUAAUGAGCGGUGGGCAAAUAUUUUUUUCCCGGGGCAACGUUAUGGAGCAAUAUCCUCUAGUCUAGCUGAGUGCUUUAACUCAUGGAUAUUGAAAGAGCAUGAAUUGCCCGUGGUGGAUAUGGUUGAUCGUAUAAGGAAGAAGAUGAUGAAAUCAAUGUGUUUGAGGAGAGAAAUGACAAGUAAAUUGGAUCAGGUGAUUUGUCCUUAUUGGGAGUCUCGGUUGGAGAAGUUAUAUGAUUUAGUUAAAACAUGGAAAGUGAUUCCUUCAAGUGCUGAUAUAUUUGAAGUUGACACGGAUCCGUCUAUAUGUGUUGAUAUUGGGAGGCAGCGUUUUUUUCAUGUUGAGAGUUAUCGUCAGGUGUAUUCAAAACCAAUUUACUCAGUUGCGUCAUUGUUGAAAGGUGAUGUGGUUGAUUGUGGUACUAGUAUUCUGCCACCAUUGUCAAAAAAGCCUCCAGGGCGGCCUAAGAAGAAGAGGAUUCGUUCGAAUGGGGAGAAGGUUAGAGAAAUGAAGUGUGGUAGGUGUGGGAAGAUAGAGAAUCAUAAUAAACUUACUUGUAAGGAGGAUUUGAGGCCUAGUUUUAGGUUUUAA